AUGUCUGGAGAAAAAAGGCCUGCUGCCGACUCGUUUGGGUCAACACAGCUUGUCAAGCGCGCAAAAUCAGAUGUCAACCUCAACGGUAAUUCUGCCUUGACGGUCGCAAAUGGGUCCGGUCAGGGCGGCGCGCUCAUACAAACGGGGUCGCGCAUGGGAUCUCUCGAGUCACCCGUGAUGGAAUUGACAGGACAUUCCGGCGAGAUAUUCGCUUCUCGCUUCGAUCCAACAGGCCAGUUCAUUGCGUCUGGAUCUAUGGAUCGCUCAAUAUUACUUUGGCGUGGCAGCGGUACCUGUGAUAACUAUGGUAUUCUCACCGGCCACAAGCAAGCAGUGUUGGAUCUACAUUGGUCGCGAGACUCCAAAGUGCUAUUCUCCGCCUCUGCAGACAUGCAUCUAGCAAGUUGGGACGUGGAAACAGGCGAGAGAAUACGAAAACACCCAGGUCAUGAGGAGGUUAUCAACUGUAUGGACGUGAGCAAACGCGGAGAGGAAAUGCUUGUCAGCGGCUCUGAUGACGGUUACAUUGGUCUUUGGGACACACGGACGAAGGAUGCUGUGUGCUUCAUACCGACCGAGUUCCCCAUCACGGCAAUCGCCCUCUCCGAAGCCGGCAACGAGCUCUUCACGGGUGGCAUUGAUAAUGAUGUCAAAGUUUGGGAUCUUAGAAAGCAAGCAGUCACAUAUGCGCUAAUCGGCCAUGCCGAUACCAUUACCUCCUUGCAGUUGUCUCCGGACAACACCCAACUUCUCUCCAACGCACACGAUUCGACUGUCCGCACGUGGGAUGUUCGACCUUUCGCACCAACAGACCGACACAUUAUGACAUACGAUGGCGCGCCCACCGGGCAGGAGCGUAACCUUCUCAAGGCGAGCUGGGACUCCAAGGGAAACAAAAUCGCAGCAGGCAGUGGAGACGGAAGCGUGGCGAUAUGGGAGGCACGUUCCGGAAAGCUCUUGAACAAAUUGCCCGGUCACAAGGGUGCGGUCAAUGAUGUGCGCUUCAGCCCACAUGAUGAGCAUCUAUGUAAGUUCCACAUCUCCUUGUCAGGUGCAAUGCGCGUGAUCUGUUUCUCUGUUGUUUCUCUGCACAGCUGGAGCACACCAAGGAUCUUGGGAGUCGCAGCGCAAGGGCGGUAUGCGUUGCAUGAGCGGUAUUUGCAGAUGCCGAGCCGCGGGUGCCGAAACCUAAGGUGGUUGAACUGGUCUGAACCUUGA